AUGUCGUCCAGCAUACCAAAGGAAAUGCUCGCAGCGCAGGUCGUCGAAUACAACAAGCCCUACAAAGUCCACAAAGUGCCCGUGCCCUCGGACCUCGGACCGCACGACCUCCUCAUCAAAGUCGCCGUCGCAUCGCUAUGCCACACAGACUUCAUGGUGGCGGAAGGUCUCAUGGGCACCAAGCUGCCCUGCACAGGCUCGCACGAGGGAGCCGGCACCGUGGUGGCAGUCGGCAGCGCCGCAGCCGGCUUCAACGAGGGCGACAGGGUCAUGGCAGGAAUCGUCUACCAUCCGUGCGGCACGUGUCCCGACUGUCUCGGGCCGGAGAACUACAGCCAGUACUGUCCACGCAGCGAGGGCCUGGGCGUUUCAACGCACGGCCAUUUCGCAGAGUACGCACGCAUCGACUCGAGGACAACCGCGGUGCUGCCGGACAGGGUCUCGUUGGCGACCGCGGCGCCGCUGGCCUGCGCCGGCAUCACCAUCUACCGCGGCGUGGUGCUCGCGGGCGUCGAAAAGGGCGGCUGGCUCGCUCUGACCGGCAGCGGCGGCGGGCUGGGCCACCUGGGGGUGCAGUUUGCGAAAGCGCUGGGGCUGAGGGUGAUUGGCAUCGACGCGCGGGCGGCGGGCCUGGAGCUGACGCGCGCAAGCGGCGCAGACGUUGUCAUUGACGCGCGCGACGGGCUCGCCGCAGUCGUAAAGCAGGUCCGCGCCGUCACCAACGGGCAGGGCGUGCCGUGCACGCUCAACAUCAGCGACGCCGAGGAUGCCAUCAGCACCGCCUGCGCCAUCACACGGAUGCACGGCACCGUCAUCCAGAUCGGACAGCCCGACACGGUCGCGAUCCCCUUCCGCGAGCUCAUUUUCCGCGACGUACGCGUCCGCGGCUCGAUGACGGCGAGCCCGCAGGAAGCGCGCGACAUGCUCCAGGUCGUGGCCGAGCACGGCAUCGAGGUCGCCGGCAAUGCGUUCCACGGGCUCGAGCAGAUUGGGGAGUUGGUGCGGCUGGCCGAGAGCGGGAAGAUGAAGGGCAAGGGGCUGAUUGUCGUGGAUGCUGCGCAGAUGGAGAGGGAGAAGAGGGUUGUUGCAGGCGCGAAGCUGACGUAG